AGAAUUUUAAUUUAAAAACAUGGAUAUAUAACGCUGAUAUAUAGUAGAAUGAUUUCGGUUAGUUACCUCGGUAUUGAAAAUUUACAAUAUUAUAAUGAAUUUCAAAAAUUAUAUUUUUGAAGUAUUCGCUACCUAAUCAACUUCGAUCGUUUUAUUUGAUCUAGUUAUUUAAGCGUAGAGUGCGCUAAACAUUCAGCGGUUUUUAAGUAUGUUGGUAUUUGAGAACAAGAGACACGUAAUAUCCCAUAAGAUGGUUGGUCUAUUCAUUUAUCUUGUCUAUGGUAGUAUUUUUUAAAGAUAAAUUUAUGGUCUCGGUGAAAAUGGUUAAUUCUUUUGAUGAGUUUCAUCUGGUAUCUCUUUCUAAUCAAUUUUUGUAGAAAAUUAAAUAAACUGUGGUUAAGAUGGAUCUAAUAUAUGAACUUUGUGAAAAAAGUUGUAAAAUUAAUAUAUAUGUAUGUGUAUUCUAACAUUGGUCUUCAAGUAAAUUGUACUAUUAAUUUUACUUGAUCUCUCCAUCCACAUUCAAUUAAUCGACGACGUAGCAAUUCUUUCAGCCUGAAAGUAAAGUUACUUAUUGAUUUCAUCAAAACAUUGUUACAAAGGAUGGCAUUAGUACGAGCAAUCAAUUGCAUUUCAUACAAAAGGCUAAUGAUGGUAUCUAGUCUAAGAAACAGAUGUAUUCUUCCUAGUUUUCAACAAAAUACAUGGUAUUCUACAGAGAAAUCAGUUACUGAAAACUUCCCCAAGCUUGGAAAUCAAAAUGAACGCAAUACUAUUGAUCCAGUGCCUAUAGCUCUUGCCGUUAUUUCUUGUCUUAUUACCUUAUGUUUUGGAGUUUAUGAAGUUUUUACCGAUAAAAGUGACAUGAAUACAAUAUUCAAUACAAUAGAUUACUGUAACAAAAAUCCUAAAGUAAUACGUGCCCUUGGAAGACCAAUAGUAUUAAAGUCAUCAACAUUGAAAAUAUUGUUCAAUCCGCAGGCUCAUCUUAAAAAAUAUGCGACCUUUGAAGUGAAUGGAGUACAACAUGUUAGAAAUGAAUUUGAUGUUAUGAGUCCAAUAGGAAGUGCAACUGUGAAGUUAGAAAUGCAAGAAGAUGAAUCUGGCAAUUACGUAUAUAAAUUUUUACAUGUGUAUGUGCAUGGUACGAAUGAAAUUAUAAUUUUAGAAGAGCAAAGUGAUGACGAUGGGAUGCUUAUAACAUAAAAAUUAUUCGAUUAUUUUAUACAGAUUUACAUUAUGUGAUAUUCUGUAAAAUUUGUGUAAAAUAAAAAUAGUGUUACUUGGAGAGAA